AUGUUUUUCUCGUGGUUGUUGCUACCUUGGCUCUUUGCCAAUGUGGCACUAGGAAAUGGUCAAACCCCAAAUGAAUUGUCUGUUGAGUUGCACUCACAAUGGGGGCCUGCCAGUUUCGAACUCAACUUACUUGAAAGUAUCACUGAAUAUGAUCCAGACCUUUACAUACCAACCAUCCUUGAACUAUUAGGAUUGAAUGAUGAAGGAGACGAAGAGCCACUUCUGCCAGAAAGCACUAAUUCAGAAAAGUACAAUCAUAUCAUGUCAUCAAAAUUGUUGAGCCUUGGUACCAAAACCAAAGCAUUCAUCAACUACAAUUUCGUCAAUAAGAUAAAUUAUCCUCGCGUGCAAGCUCAUCACGACUUCUACAAGUCAAUUGUUCAGCCUGAAUUUGGUGAACGGAUUGUUAAGGAAUGUUCGGUGGAUUCCUUUGGCAAUAAAGUGAAAAGAGGACCAAAUCAACCAUGGGUCUUGUACAAUAACAAGUUGUACUGCUCUUCAGAUGAUUUGUAUGCAUUGCAGACCGAUAAGGCUACUAAGUUCAAACCUCGGCCAUUUGAUAGAGUGAUUGGUGAUAAUUACAAGGCCCCCCUUCUAAUUCUCUACGGCGACAUAAACGCACCUUCCUUUGCCGAUAUGUUCAGUAAUUUAUACGAAAGUGCAAAGACAGGAAAGAUCAGAUUUAUUUGGAGGUAUACACCUAGCACAAAUAGCAAAAAGAGUGUCGACACUUUGAGUGGUUUUGGUGUAGAUGUUUCAUUGAAAAGAAAUGACUACGUAGUCAUUGAUGACAGGGAUAUCAAGAAUAAAAAGGGCACACAAAAAGGAAAACCAUCAAAACCUUUGAAUAUUAAUAAGGAUUUGUGGAAGAUUUUACAAACUUCGGAGUUAAAACCUGUCUCAAAGCAGAAUUUCAAUGAAUUAUCCUCUAAAUUAACUUCGUUGGUCUUGCUGAAGCAAUACAAUAAUAUAACUGAGUACGACUUAUUGAACUUGAUACUUUCUGAAUUUCCUAAACUAGCUUCCUACAUAGGUGAAGCAACCAAUUUGAGACAUUUGAAGGAUAUUGAGGACCAAUUUGUGAGGAAUCGAAAUGCCGGUUUGUCGGAUGAUUCUUACGGUCUUUAUAUUAAUGGAGCGCCUCUUCACAGCUUGGAACUCGACUCGUUAAAUUUGAUGGAAAAGAUAGAGGAUGAACUUAGCAUCAUUCACGAUCUCAAAUCCCUCGGAUUAACUCCACGUCAGGCUAAAUUUUUAAUCAAGAAAUUUGCCCUUUUGUCGGCUGUAAAACAGACCCAAUUCAGAAACGGUAAUACCGUUAUGGGUCAUAAUGAGAAUCGAUUCAGAGUGUAUGAAAAUGUCUUUACUGCUGGUGGAUUCAAGAGAAAGAGAGGUGUUGUUUUUCUCAAUGACAUCGAAAAGGAUAAUACUUAUGAGGAAUACUCCAAAGAUAGAAAAGAGGUUUACCUUGGGCCAGUAGCACAGAGGUUAAAACCAAACCAACUUCCUCCGUUGAAAGAGAAUGUUCAUGAUCUCAUUUUUGCUUUGAAUUUCAAUAACAAAGAACAAUUAAAAGUUCUUUUCACCUUAUCGAAGAUGAUCUUAGAUAGUGGAAUACCUCAGCAGGUAGGAAUUAUUGCUAUUGAUGGAGGCAAUGAAUUGGACCGUGUUUUGGCCGAGAAGUUUUACUUUAUCGCAGAUACAUCUAACUCACAGGAGGCACUUGCAUUCUUAUAUAAGUAUCUUGAAUCUAAGGAUUCACUGGAACUUUCCGACCUAUUGGAAACAAUUCGUGUUCCGGAGGACUAUGGCUUCGAUCAUGCUAUCUACCAGAAUACCCUUGAAAAGUUUUCAAUUGUCAACCCCUCAAUCAUUUUCAAUGGUGUGAUUUACGAAUUGACGUCUCCAAAUUGGCAAAUUGCCAUGGGAAAACAGCUUUCGCAGGAUAUUGUAUUAUUGAAGCAGCAUAUUAGCAGUGGGAAAGCUGAUGGUAAAUCUUUGAAGAGUAUUCUUUAUCAAGGAUCCAAAUCUACCAGAAAUUUGAGAAUCAUUCCAGCUGACCCAGCAGAUGUGAUGUACAAAUUUGUUGAUUCUCAAUUAAUUGAUGCAUCCGUUGCUCUUAAGCCCCAUAGACAUGACCGGAAAGGCGGUGUUUCGGGGACAUUCUGGCUUAUUGGUGAUUUUAACAAGCAGAUAAUGAUCGAUCAGCUUAAAAGCAUCUUGUCGGUUAUGAAAUGGUCAAAGGAAACGUUGCAAGUGAGAAUUUUGAAUACUGGACAUACUGUUAAAGAAAUUGAAAAAUUAGCAAAACAAGUGAACUUGCACGAACUUACUGGCAAUGACAUUGAUUGGAUCCUUACUAAGCUUAAUACUAUUCAAAAUGCUGAUGCCAAAUUAGAGCUCAAUUUGACGAUUGCAAAAUUGUUGGAGACAAAGAAGUUGCCGGUGCAUCAUGAGUUUUUGUUAUUCAACUCUAGGUAUUUUAGACUUGACAGAAUAUUAGCUGAGACAGACUUGGAGCUUUUGGUUGAAUACGAAUAUAAUCAGCGGUUCCUGAUCUUCAAUGACCUUAUUAAUGCCUAUCCUGAAGAGUUUAAUUACAAGGUUCUAGAUGAGCUUAAUCCGCUUCUUCACGAUAAUUUGGAUUGGUUCGAUUUAUUGGCAUCCGUCGUAACUAGAUCAUUCUAUGACGAUAAAUUCUAUGUGAAUGAUGUCGGAAGAUUUGAUUUCAGCACAAUCAACAUGGAGUACUCGUUGAACAUCACAAAUCAAGACUCUAAGAUGUUGGAACCUGAGCUUGAAUUCUUAUUAAUUAUCGAUCCCCUUGACGAUUAUUCUCAAAAAGUGGUCUCUAUCAUCAAUUCUGUUAAAGACUUUCCUUUUGUGAGCACCAGAAUCUUGCUUCAACCAAGAGAGGACGAAAAUGAAUCCGUAAGAAUAAAGAGGUUCUACAAGGGUGUGUACCCUCGUGCUAUUCCAGAGUUUGAUGAUAAAGGCAAAUGGAUUUCAGAAAAUACGGCACAAUUUUUCAACUUACCUACAUCUGAGAUUUUUACUGUCGAAUUAGAUACCCCGCAAAAAUGGAUUACGGUAACCAAGGACAGUCCAGAGGGAGUGGAUUUGGAUAAUAUCAAGUUUGACAAUCUUGACGAAAGUUUGAUUCAUGGAGUUUAUGAAUUGAAGAAUAUCUUGAUCGAAGGAUAUGCUAGAGAUGUCAAAACCGCGGCGCCAUCCACUGGUGUGGCGUUGGAAAUUUCUCAAGGUGAUGCAGUUGCGGACACUCAGGUGAUGUCUAGCAUGGGUUACUUUCAGUUGCCCAGUGGUCCAGGAACUUGGAGAUUCAGAAUCAAGAAUGGGGGUGUCGGAGAUCAAUUUGAGUUGCUCUCUGCCACCGAGAGUAAGUUCGUAAUGAACAAUGUUGGAUUAGAGAGUGUCAAUAUAUCGGUGUUUGACCUUAAGGGGAAGACGAUUUACCCCAGAUUGCAAAAGACGGAAAAGAAAGUCAACCGCGAAAGUACCAACAAUAAGAAGCACGCCGAUAUUAAUAUUUUCACCAUAGCCAGUGGACAUCUCUACGAGAGAUUCCUCUCCAUCAUGACCGCGUCGGUGAGAAAACACACCGACCACCUGGUGAAGUUUUGGAUUAUUGAAAACUUCAUCUCCGCCAAUUUGAAGCAGCUGUUGCCACACUUGGCCGAAAAGUACCAAUUUGAGUAUGAGCUUAUCACCUACAAAUGGCCCUCGUUCUUGAGGGCUCAGCGAGAAAAGCAGAGGACCAUAUGGGGGUACAAGAUGCUCUUUUUGGACGUGUUGUUUCCCCAGGACUUGGAUAAAGUGAUCUUUGUGGACGCUGAUCAGAUCGUGCGUACCGACAUGAUGGAAUUGGUCACAAUGGACUUGGAGGGGGCGCCGUACGGGUUCACCCCCAUGUGUGACUCCCGCGACGAGAUGGAUGGGUUCCGGUUCUGGAAGCAGGGCUACUGGUCAGAGGUGUUGGGCAGCGAUCUCAAGUAUCACAUCAGUGCAUUGUACGUGGUGGAUUUGCGCAGGUUCCGCGAGAUCAAUGCGGGCGAUCUGCUCCGGUCCCACUACCAGAAGUUGUCGCUCGACCCCAACUCGUUGGCCAACUUGGACCAGGACUUGCCCAACAAUCUCCAGCGAAAAAUUCCCAUCUUCAGUCUCCCGCAGGACUGGCUAUGGUGUGAGACCUGGUGCUCCGAUGCCACCAUGGCCACUGCUAAGACCAUAGACUUGUGCAACAACCCAUUGACCAAAGAAAACAAGUUGGAGAGAGCGCGACGCUUGAUUCCCGAGUGGGAGGCCUACGAUGCCGAAAUCGCCCAGGUGCUCGCCUACAAGGCCCAGCUUGACCAUGACCAGGCCCAGCUCGACCAGGACCUGAUCGACUACAUUUCGGAGGACGAGACUGAGCCUGCACACGAUACGUGGGAUGAGGAUCCAUUUGAGCACGACGAGUUGUGA